CAAUAUCUAGCUUUCUUUAUAAACCUACAACGAGAACAAGCCUUUGCGUGACGUCAAUAACACGGCCGAUUGAACAUUAUCUUUAUCAGAGUUCAUUUGUCACUCUAUCCGCUAUGCACGAUACACGUGUUUUCGCGCCGGAUUAAAACUUAACUAUCAAAUUAAUAAGUAUGGUAAUUAAAAUAUUUAAUGAAGUAACUCGAAAAGUGAACAUGAAUUGUACAACACAAUUGGGAUAUAUAUUAACGUUUAUAUCAAUUUUAAUUAUUUGUGAAAUUAAUAGUUAUGUGCUACCCCUUAAACUUAAAGAAUGUAGUGCAUGGAAUAAUGAAAAAUGGAAUGACAACAAAAAUAAAUGUGUACCUUGUCGGGCCUGUCCCGCAGGGAGGGCGAGGAACUUCUCAUCAGAGGUUGAAGUUGAAACUGGACCCAACGGCGACCUACAGUGUUUGCCGUGUGAAAAAUGCCCGAAUGGUCAUUACGUCAGAAUUCCGGAAGCAAAAGGAAUCCCCGUGAUGUGCGUUCUAUGUUCAGCCGACUGCGCCUCGAUGAACCGGUACAUGACGAAGGCAUGCUCGAGCCAGAGCAACUGGCAGUGUGGGGAUUGUCUGCCGGGAUUUGAAAAUACUAUAUCGGAUGAUUUCCCUUGCCAGAAAAUUCUUACGAACACAAAAGCUUCUGUGGUUACUACUUUUUCAACCAGCAGAAGGAUCCCUGAAUAUGAACAUGUUACUCAUAAAAAAGAUACCAAAGAAAGCACCAAGUCGUUGCCUUACAUUGCUGAUGAUGUAAACGAUAAUGCCGGUCAAAAUAAGAGCGGAACUCGUUCACAUUCGUUGUCGGGAAUAGUUGUAGCUGCAAUCGCGGUUCCAAUCGUGGCUGCAGUUCUGAUAGUGGCGGCGUUAGUCAUCGGCUGCCUCCAUACGCAAUCCUGUCACAAAACUAAUUCUUCCACAGAAAAACUAAGCGUUAGUAGAGUGGAGUCUUCUUCAACGGAGAAGUCUUCAACGACUUAUUCGUCACUGUCUGACUCCGACAUAGAAGUCGACUGCAGGGGUGAUAGCGACCUGACGCGACCACCCAAUCGGUGCCGGUUACCAAAGAACAUUGAGUCGACUGAGGAACAGCUUCAGUUGGUCAGAGGCGAAAUUUCGAAUGCUACCUCAUUACCUAUAGGGCAUCUACAUCGCGUGUCUGAAGAUUUGCAAUUUUUGGAACGGAUGACCACUGGGCGCCCACAAAUGGUGUGCCAUUGUCCGAGUUUGACUGCUGGUGAUUGUCGGGAAAGCUGUGCCCCUUUGAUGGACCAACCGAGCCGCAGCAUCGGAGAAAACAUCGAUCUUAUAAGACUUAUAGCUAACAGCGUUUGCCACAAUCCCUUAAAACUUUUUCGAUACAUUGGCGCUAAAGACUCGGAUGUGUACAAUUUAAACGAUGACCGUGACAGAAAUCUUGUCUCGCAAAAGGAGUUUAUAUAUAACGUGUUGAAGCGCUGGCUUCAAGUUAAUAACGAAGCGGAAAGCAUAGAACUUUUUCAAGGAUUAUGUCAUGGAGGGUUUCAUAGAAUAAAUAAAGCUAUACAUGAACAGUAUAGUGAUUUAUUUCCUCAGCAAUAGCAUUUUCUACAAUAUCAUUAGUAUUUAUAAUAAAUGUUGUUUUCUUGCCAUGUAAUGGUCUUACAGUCCGGUUAAAAUUGUAGAUUGUAUGUGCGAUGUUUAAUUCUUUGGUUGACACUAUAUUCAUUGAAUUUAUUUAUAUAAUAAUAUUCAUUGAAUGAAUUUAUUCAAUAAUUUUGUGAAGAGAUGUGUUCAUUGUUUCGCACUGUUUUUUGUUUACAAUUUUGAAUAAAUAUAUGACAUGUCA